AUGUGGAUCCUCGAAUCCAACGGAGACUUCCUCCAAGGAAAACGCAUGUGGCUAAAGCCUGGCCAGAAAUACUUGUUCGGUCGAGUGAAAAGAGAAGGUGUUCGCUUUGCCAUUGAUCACAAAACUGUCUCAAGAAAACAUUUCAUCAUCGAGGUCGAUGCCGUGAAAGAAGGCGAUGUUGGACAGGUCCAUGCCCGCACAAGAGUCAGGAUUGAAGACCAGAAUUCCAAGAGCGGAACGUCAGUCAACGGGGAAUUGAUCAAGAAUACCUCCAAAGAACUGAAGAAUGCUGAGAACUCAAUCCGACCGGGCACAUGUCCUCAUGAAAUCAUCAUCACAUGGCACCCGUGUGUGCUGACUUUCAACCUCCUCAAGAAAGAAAUCAAAUCUGGUGUCCUCAAGACCAAGCAGGCUCGUGUGCAGCAUCUGGAUAUCAAAGCUAUCGGUGACUUCAGCUCUGAACAUACUACACAUGUUGUUGCAAACAAGAGAAACACGGCUAAAGGAUUGUUAGCAUUGGUAACGGGGAAAUACCUUGUGGCAGAGUCGUUUAUCGACGCUCUGGAAUACAAGGCCACUCCGACCAACCUGAGUCAAGAAGAAAAUCUGUCUCUCCUGGAGCUUGACUUCGACCGUGCUUGGCCCGAGCCUAAAGACCAUCUCCCUCCUCCUGGAAGAGAGCCUUCAAUUAGACCGGCAGAAUCGUACGAGCCAGACCCGUCACGAAUCAACGUUUUCCAAGGCCACACCUUUGUUUUUGGAGAUCAGACUCAGUUCGACAAUUUACUACCUGUCGUUACUGGUGGUCACGGGAAAGCUCUUCUAUUCAAGGUGGUCAAUGGCGAAACAACGUCAAACGAGCUGCUACAGUUUUUGCAGAAUGCCGCCGGGCAUAAGCACGGUGGCGAUAUUCAGAAUGGAGCUCGAGGAGGGGUCAUCCUGGUUCGGUGGCAGAGCAAAGGAGAUAUCCAAGCAUGGACCGAGACUCUGAUCGACGAGUCUUCUUUGAAGAUGGAUCAGCGAGCCAUCGAUCAGUCCGAGUUCCUCGAUGCCAUAUUAGCAAAUGAUGCGACGUUGCUACAGCGGACCAUUCCCUUUGAGCGUACGAAUGAAGGGAGACAUUCGCCUCCUCCGUCUGCGGCUAUUUCUCUCGCGACGAGACAGCCUCACGAAGCCCAGUCAAAUAAUAAUCCUGAUCCUCAGAGAGGAGAAUCCGUCCAAUAUCAAGGUGCACCACCGUCAUCAUCAACGAGUAAGGCUGUGGCCAACACUGUCCCUUCUCAAGCGUCCUCUCCGAAUGUGUCGCAGGCCAGGACAAACGGACAGAACACUCCUCGGCCAUUCCAAAGGCCUCGUUUCACUCAAGCGAGCAGAUUCAAAGAUUUCGAUGACGGCUUUGAUCCUGACGCGAUUGCUGCUUAUGACGACGAAUAUGUCGGAGAUGCACAGUUCUAUGAGCCCGAACCCGAAAUCAAGACCCUGGAAGAGCCGAUGUCCACUUCCAAAAAGCGACCUCGCCCCGAAUCCGAAGAGCCGGUGAAUGAAUUUGCUGAGCAGAUGGACGACCUCCUUCCCGCAGCAACCAGGCUGAAGCGACAGAAACUCGCCGAAGGACGACCAAACGGACAGACCGAUGAUUCAAGCACGACGGGGAUGCAACCAGUUCCUAAGAAAAAGAAGAAAGAACGAGAAAUCGAUGUCCGUCAAGUCGUAAGAGCACAACGAGAAGAAAAAGAAGAAGCCGCAAGACGAGAGGAAGAAAUUCUGGAAGCAGCAUCUGGCUACUACUCUGAAGAUCAGGGACCUGCCAAUUUGGUCGACGUUGUUGUUACGGAACUCCCCAGACGAGACAAAACGAAGAACCUCAACAAAGCCAAUGGCGAGCAUGGUGAUCAUUGGGAUCCAAAAUGGAACGGUCGCAAGAAUUUCAAAAGCUUUCGAAGAAAAGGCGAGGCUCCGCAGCGGAGAGGCCAUGCCAGGAAAGUCAUUGUGCCCCUGGUUGAGGUCCCCGAGAACACCUACGGUCUGGGCGAGCGGUACUGGGAGAAGACAGAGGAGGAGAAAGAGCGUGAGAGGGAGAGAAAGAGGAAAGAAGGAGCCAGGAGCCAGAAGAUGCAGAAUCAAACGCAGCGGUCAAGCGGAACCGCUAGUGCAAGAUCGAGAGCCGUCAUUGACGAUGAUGAAGAUGAAGAUUUCCCCGUGGACGAUGUGACUAAAGCAAAUGACGAUUUCGUGUCAACGAGUCUAGGAAUCUCGCGACUCCAACGAGAAGCAGCCGAGAUUGUGGACCAUGAAAUCGAUCCAGAUACCCCGAGACGGACACGUGGAACUGUCAGAAGCGAGGCUGCAAGUCACAGACCCUCUCAAACGCAGACUUCGAGUCGUAGCGCCGCAGCAUCUACGGCAAAGGGGAAGAGAACAGCAAGCCCAACUUCGACGAUGAGGGAGCCGAAACGCCAGAAGACGCUGCCGGUCACGGUCGUGAAAGAUACUGAUAUUGAAAGUGAUGACAGCGACGAUAUGAAGUUCCGAUUUGGAUCGAGGGCAAGAAAGGAAAGAACUGGUGCAAGGGAAAAGGACAUCGCUUAA